AUGAUGGCUAACAAGAAGCCCUUCACCAGUGCCAUCAUUGGGGCACUGGUGGCACUCUCCAUCAUCACCCUUGUUCUCAGCCUGGUGAAGGUUGAAGAUGUGACACUGCCACCCACGGUCAAGUAUGGGCUGGUGUUCGAUGCAGGCUCAUCCCACACCUCUCUGUUUGUCUACGAGUGGGAUUCAGACAAGGAGAACGACACUGGUGUGGUCAGCCAGACCUUGUCCUGUGAUGUCCAGGGGCCCGGCAUAUCAAGCUAUGCCCACGAUCCCCCUAAAGCCGGAGAUUCCCUACGGGAAUGCCUGGAUAAAGCCCUGAAGGUUGUUCCUGCUUCGAAACACAGGGAUGUCCCAGCUUAUCUUGGAGCAACAGCUGGCAUGAGGCUGCUGAGGGAACAGAACAGUUCAGCAGCAGAUCAAGUCCUGGCUGAAGUCACUAAAACCAUGCAGGAGUACCCUGUGGAUUUCAGGGGGGCCCGAAUCCUUACGGGAGAGGAGGAGGGGGCUUAUGGCUGGAUCACCAUCAACUACCUGCUGGACUCCUUCACUAAGUUCUCUCCCAAAGCACACACGUGGCUUCGUCCAGAGGCAGCCAACGUUUUUGGGGCGCUGGAUCUUGGAGGAGCAUCCACUCAAAUCAGCUUUAUGCCUGAAGGUUCAGUGAUGGACCAGAAUGAAGCCUCCAAGUUCACCCUGUAUGGGUACAACUACAACAUCUACACCCACAGCUACCUCUGCUACGGGCAGAACGAGGCGCUGAAGCGGCUGGCGAAGGAAUUAAUUGUGGAGUCGGCCCCCAGCACGCUGGUCCAGCACCCCUGCUACCCAAAAGGCUACAGUGAAACGGUCCAUCCAUCUUCGUUCCGCACCAGCCCCUGCACCAGCCGGAGCGAUGCCCGCCUGCCCCUCGGUGACAGCACGGUGACCCUGGAGGGCAGGGGCAGUGCCAGCGGGUGCCGGGCAGCCCUCCGGGAGCUGUUCAACUUCUCGGCCUGCGGCCAGAGCCGGGACUGCACCUUCGACGGCGUGUACCAGCCCCCGCUCCGGGGGCAGUUCAUUGCCUUCUCCGCUUUUUACUACAACUUCAAGUUCCUGAACCUGACAGAGGGGCAGCCGCUGGCCACAGCCAAGGAGGCCAUUGAGCAGCUCUGCACAAGGAGCUGGGAAGAUCUGUCUUCCAGCUACCCUAAAGAGGAUCCCAAGCGACUGCCUAAAUACUGUGCCAAUGCCAACUACAUCCUCACGCUCCUCCUCGACGCCUACAAGUUCAACGAGACCAGCUGGAACAACAUCUUCUUCCAGAUGAAGGCAGGAAGUGCUGACAUUGGCUGGACACUGGGGUACAUGCUGAACCUCACCAACAUGAUCCCAGCGGAGGCUCCAGCCAGGGUGAAGGGGCACAUGCCUUCUCUGUGGGCUGCAGCCAUCACCUUCAUCAUCCUCACCCUUGUCUUGGGGCUCACUGCCCUGCUCCUGCUCCUGUGGGUGUAG